AGUGCCAACACAUACAAGGGUUCUCUGUUUCUCACACUAGGGUUCUCAGACACUGUAGCAAUGUCGACGAGUGAAGAGCAGGGGUCGAAGAAGGAGAAGGAAGGGACCGACCUGCUGGGCUCACCGACCUUCACGGAGCUCGAGAAUGGCCGCUUCAAGUGCGUGGAGACCGGCCACGAAGUGCUCGCCAAAGACAAAGAGUCCUAUUCUCAUUCCAAACGGUGCCGUUUGGGCCUCAUCGACUUCGCCUUGUCCCAUCAUAAACCCCCUCUCAAUAUGUUCAAGCAAGACCCUCUCUCCCGUUCAAAGUUGAUAUGCAAGCUGACAGAAGAUACCAUCAAUAAGUCCGAGGAACAUAUAUGGAAGCACAUCAACGGCAAACGAUUCCUCAACAAACUAGAGGAAAAAGAAGCAGAAAAGAUAACCUCCAAUGGAAUAGUUGAAGAGCAGGGUGAGCAGAAGGUGAAAAAAGCCUCUAAGCCAAGGACAGAUGGUUUGAAGAAGAAGAAGAAGAAGACGAAGAAAACCGAGAAGGAGGAGGAGGAGGAGGACAAGGGCAAGGACAAAGAAGUUGAUGAGAUCAUCUCUGAAGUUAGAAAUUUGUCUGAUGAGGACAGUGAUUCAGAAGAAGGUGAUUUCUGGAUGCCUCCAGCAGGACAUCGUUGGGAUUUUGAUGAUGGAGGAGAUCGAUGGGGUUCCGGUUCAGAGUCAGAGGAGAAGAGUGACGAGGUUGAUGCAAUGGAUGGUCCAGCAGAAGAGGGUGGCAAGGAGACAGAAGAGCUCUCUACACGGACAAAGAGAAUGUCCAUAGAAAUUGGACCCAGCAGUUUUGCUUCAAGGAAGAAGAAGAGUAAGAAGAAUGACACAGAUUAAUUUGCUCAACAGUAUAUUGCCAGUGAGUAGGUUUGGUAAUAUUAACAAUUCCCCCUCGAUGUCAAUUAAUUUUGUUCAGUAGAUUGUAUGAAAACAAAUAUAAGACUGAGUUUUUUUUUUUUCUAAUCAGAAGUUUUGUUGGUAAGCCUUCUAUCAAAUUCUGGUGCUGUAU